CCGGGAGCUGUGGCCUCUCAGGGUUACCAGGCAACCAUGUUGUCCCGGUAACCAGGGAAGCGUCUCGCGCAGGGGCCCGCCCAGAGGGAGGGGAAGAGGAAGAAGCUGAGAUCUCGCGAGAGUUGUCUGAGGCCGUCGGGAAGCGUCUAGAGGUUGCCCGGGAGAUGGCCGCGACCAGGGGCGCAGGCGAGGCACCCAUGGCGGCUCCUGAGGAGAUGCCCACCUCCAGUUUGCGGGGACUGGAUGAAGCCUUGGGCGUGGGUUUGACCCCCGCCGAGAACGCUUACUACCUGGAGCAGGUCACCAUAACUGAAGCAUCUGAAGAUGAGUAUGAAUAUGAAGAGAUACCAGAUAACAAUUUUAGUAUUCCAGAAAGUGAAGAAGAUCUUGCAAAAGCUAUUCAGGUGGUUCAAGAACAAGCUACUGAUACUCAAAUUUUGGAACAGAAGACAGUUCUUCCUGCACGGGAGGCAGCACAUGAAGUAAUAGAAGACUUUCUCUGCAAUUUCCUGAUCAAAAUGGGAAUGACAAGAACUCUGGAUUGCUUUCAGUCCGAAUGGUAUGAAUUAAUACAGAAAGGCAUAACUGAACUUAGAGCUUCUGCCAAUGUGCCAGAUGUCUACAGCCAAGUUAUGCUUUUAGAAAAUGAAAACAAAAAUUUAAGGAAAGACUUGAAACACUACAAGCAAGCAGCUGACAAGGCUAGAGAAGAGCUGUUGAAAACUCAGAAAGAACGUGACUUUCAUCGUAUACAUCACAAGCGAAUACUCCAGGAAAAAAACAAAUUAAUUAAUGACCUCAAAGGAUUGAAGCUACAUUAUGCCUCUUACGAACCAACAAUAAGAGUGCUGCAUGAGAAGCACCACAUUUUACUGAAGGAGAAGAUGCUGACCUCUUUGGAGAGAGACAGAGCAAUUGGACAGGUUUCUGGACUUCAAGAAACAUUGAAGAACAUAGAUACAGGACAUAUUUGUCAUGUUCCUGAAAUUAAAGUUCGUCACAAUUAUGAAAAAGAAAAUACACCAGAAGGUCCUACUCAGAAAGGUCUUCGUGAAGCCAGGGAACAAAGCAAAAGUAAAACAAAGAAGAAAGACAAUAAAAAGGAUUCAGAAUUUCCCAUCAAUAUGCAACCAGACCCAAACCUGAAUUUAAAUAAAGAAGAUCUUCAUCCAGUGAAAUUUAACUACAAGCUGAGUAACAUUUUUAGACUUCAUGAACUUCCAGUGAGCCGUAUUGCAGUGCACCCCCAUGACGACAUCUUGGUCACUUGUGGUGAAGAUCGCCUCUGGAAGAUAGUGGGCAUUCCGAAAGGCAAUGUAAUUCUCACAGGACUGGGCCACAUUGAUUGGCUUUCUGAUUGCUGCUUCCACCCCAGUGGCAAAAAGUUGGCUACAUCAAGUGGUGACUCUACGAUUAAAUUAUGGGACCUCUAUAAAGGCGAUUGCAUUUUGAGCUUUGAAGGACAUAACCAUGCAGUGUGGUCCUGCGCAUGGCACUCUUGUGGUGAUUUUGUGGCUUCAUCCUCGAUGGAUACAACCAGCAAAAUCUGGGAUGUUAACAGUGAGCAAUGCAGAGGCACUUUGUACGGACACACAGAUUCUGUGAACAGCAUUGAAUUUUUCCCUUUCUCCAACACUCUUCUGACAGCUUCUGCAGACAAGACCAUGUCGGUAUGGGAUGCAAGGACGGGUAAAUGUGAGCAGUCACUAUAUGGUCACUUGCAUUCCAUUAAUGAUGCCACCUUCUCUCCUAUGGGUCAUUUGAUAGCAUCCUGUGAUGCCUGUGGGGUUAUGAAGCUAUGGGACUUCCGGAAGCUCUCACCCAUCGUGUCCAUUGACAUUGGCCCAAGUCCUGGCAAUGAGGUGAACUUUGAUCCAUCAGGAAAAGUUCAUUACAUCCAAGAAGAAUGUCGCAUUAAAAGGUUAAGCGUGAGAAAAUGUGAUGGAGAUAGAAUGAAUCUACAACAAACUAAUCACAUGUCGAGUUUUAGCCCAGGCGAGUGGCAAUGGAGUUAUCCAUCUGCUAGAUCUUCAAUCUGGGCAGAUUUACAAAUUGAUGGGCCAUGAGAGCGAGGUGCAAACGGUCGCCUUUUCCAACAACAGUGAGAGACUGUUUUCUGGAGGCUCUGACGGCACAGUUCGAGCUUGGUCUUGAACGUCAGCUUGUCUUAUGGUGGAGGGCAUUCCCUCUGAAGCUUGAAAAUAACUCCCACACCAGUAAAUAACUGGUUAAAUAUAGCAGCAGAUAACACUUGCACUUUCUUUAAAAACGUGCUUUGGACAUAUAUUUCAGUGUCCAUACUAUUUCCAAUAAAAAAUAACUUUCUGCUCAUUUA